AGAGAUGACGAUCGACGACGAGAGCUCCGUCUACGUCGGCGGCCUCCCCUACGAUGCCACCGAGGACACUGUUCGCCGAGUCUUCGAUCUCUACGGCGCCGUCGUCGCCGUUAAGAUUGUGAAUGAUAAUACGAGCAGAGGAAAAUGCUACGGCUUCGUUACGUUUCGGAGUCCACGGUCGGCGAUCGACGCCAUCAACGACAUGGACGGCAGGACUGUGGAUGGGAGAGUGGUGAGAGUGAAUGAAGUGAGGAGUAGAGGAGGGAGAUCAGGUUUCGGUGGAGGGAGAGGGAGAGGGAGAGGAGGGAGGGAGAGUUUCCGGCGGGAUGUCGAGAGGGGGAGGAGCUGGGGGAGUAGAGGUAGGGAGCAUGAGAUGGAGUAUGAUGAUGUUAGGGAGAGGUAUAGCGAUAGGUCGAUGGAGCGCGGCGAUAGGUACAUUGUUCGGUCGAGGGAGCGGCGGUCUGUUGAGUAUGAGGAGGAGAGAGAUGGGGGAUACCGGCGUGGAGGUGCUGAUCUUGAGGUAAUGAGUGAGCAAUUCUCGGAUAGAGAUCGUGGGAGGGUGAGGGAUUUGGAAGAUGUUGAGCAAGGAAGCAGCAGGAGCCAUGAUCAGGGUUGGGGGAAGAGAAAUCGUACUGUGGAAUCUAAUAGGGAGGGGGAGAUGGACCGAACGGAGCAUAGGAAUGAUAUUGUUGAAAAGGAUAGAGAUCAACAUUCGAGGAGGCGGAACGGUUCAAACUCAGUCGAUCAAAAUAGUAGGGAGCUUUUAUCCCAUUCAAGUGAUGAUUUCAAUGAUCAGGUAAAAGAACAACUUGAAAGAUCCACUCGGAGGCUUGAAGAAUUGAAAAAGGAGACUUCUGAGAUGGAAGAGAAGUUAGAAGAUGAUGGAAAACUGGUCUUGGAUUUACAGAAGCAAUCUAAGAAGCUGGAGGAUGCAUUGGUAAAUGCAAAGAAGAAUACUUUACACCAGAAGGCACAGUUGACCAAGCUACAUGAUUGCUUUAUGCAAGUAAAACAUUAUAAAGAAAAACUCAAAAGCAGUGAAGAUGAACUUCAGAUGCUGGUUGAAACAGCAACAGGGGAAGAUAUUGACGAUAUUGGCUUGAGGGAUACAAUCCUGGCUAUUGCCAAUGCCUGAAGUCAUGUUAAGCUACGGAAGAAAACUGAAUCUGCAACACAUGCUGUAUGUGGUAGUUGGGUGGUGAGGGUAAGGUAGCAUGCAGUCCUCUUGAAGUCUUGAUAGUGUAUGAAGCUUUUGUAUAUUUCUACACCCAAAGUCAGUGAAGAAUUAGCUUAUUGUAUCCGAGAUGUGUAUCAUAUAUAUCAUGCUCGCUUAUACAUCAGUAGUUACCGUCAUGUUGCCAUACAAUACACUCUUAGAUGGAUCAACUAAAUACUGUCUUACUAUACACU